CCACUUCAGGGUAGCGUGAUAUCUAGUCUGAAAUGAGAGCAAACAGAAUCAAUAAAUUCUUGCACAGUUUGAUACGCGCAAUAUACAUACAUGUGUUGAUGUUGCAACUAUUUAGAGCUGCCAGAUGUAUAAUAAUAAAUGCAUUGAUUACCGAUGCAUCAUAAGUUCGUCAGCUUCAUUCUUGAGGUCUGUUCAGCUCCAAUUUUGUUCGGCGUUCAUUGAAACUUACAGUAUAGAGAUCUUGGAAAAUGGAAAAAAUGGACUUAGAAAAACUGUAUUCACCGUCGAUGUGGAAUAAAAGAUGUGCUCCCACUGAUGUUACGACAAAUUUUGUCAAGCUGGGGCAAGACGCUACGCUUCGUGCGCGGAAAAAUACCCGUUGCGAAAUUGACGUUCCUUAUGGACCAUCAGAGCGCACCAAAUACGACAUCUACGGCAUUGAUCUGCCAGAUGAGUCACCCAUUUUCGUAUUAAUACACGGAGGGUACUGGCAAAAGAUGAGUAAAGAUGAGUAUGCCUUUCCAGCAGAAACUUUUGUAUCGCAAGGCAUAAAAUUUAUCUGUGUCGGCUACGACUUGUGCCCCAAUGUCCGAUUACGCGAAAUAGUAUCUCAAAUAAAAACAGCAAUGCGGAAGAUUCUUCAGUAUGCUUCAAAAUCUGGAUCGCGGGGAGUAUGGGUGGGUGGUCACAGUGCCGGUGCACACUUAGCGGCUAGUUUGUUAGAUUCCGAAUGGCUGCAGCAACAGAAUAGCACGUUGCUAAAAAGCCUCGUCCUCUUGAGUGGUAUUUACUUCCUGGAACCCCUGAUUUCGACUUCGUACAACGAAGCAUUGAAACUAGAAAGCACUGAAGCCGAACUCAUGAGUACUUUAAGCAUCAAAUUGCCAGCACCAGUGCAAAAUUUGAAAGUAAUGGUUGUGAUAGGAGACUGUGAUUCGCCUGCAUUCAUAGAACAAGCACGCGAACUGACGAAGCUACUUUGCAGCAGUGUGGACGAUGUGGAAUAUAAAUUUCUUCGAAGCGGCAUCGACCAUUUCAGCAUCAUAGAAAAUUUGGCUCAUCAUGACUUUCCUUUGACUCAAAAGAUAAUAGAAUCUAUCAAUAAUUCUACAGUUUGAAUGUACGUAGUAGACUAUCUCCAACAUGCAGAAUUCAAAACGUG